AUGCCCCAGUCGUCCAGCACCCAUGCACCCACCACCAUCGGGCAAGUGCGGCGGUCAGCUUUGAGCUCAAGAUAUCGAUUGUACGAGGACAUGAUGGCUUCUUCUUGUGCGAUAUUGUCCAUGUCUUGGAAACUAAGAGUAGGUUUCGCUUUUUUCUUUAUCCCAUGUGUACUCGACGAUGAAGAUUACAAAGAGGCACGUAAUAAUUAUUACGAGGCAUAUACAGGAGUCCUACCACCGCCAAACGACUUCCCAUUUAUCGCAGAAAAGAAGCUACUUCCUGACAUUUUUAUCGUUAUUCCCCUCCUUUCAGAUUUGCAUAAGAACCAUGACUAA